GCGUUGUUAAUACAACACAGACAGGUUUUUCUCAACAUACAAUCGGCCAUAUUCUCUCGAGGAAGAAGGACAUCACCGCGUGAUACCUGUACAUGGAAGCAGGGAUGUUUGUCCAGUUGUUAUGCACAUUAUUGGUCGUCGUCAACCUGUGUGAUGGAGUUGCUGCAGCAGGCAGUCCACGACAUAUUGUCUUCAUCGUGGCGGAUGAUCUCGGAUGGAACGACGUGGGUUUUCAUAACCCCAAUAUGAUCACACCCAACAUUGACAAACUGGCAGAAAAAGGCUUAAUACUGGAUCAAUCCUAUGUCCAACCUGCAAGCAGUCCGUCGAGAAGUGCUUUAAUGUCUGGUUACUACCCUUUCAAGACAGGACUGCAGCAUGAAGAUAUAGCGAUUCACAAUCCCGUCUGUCUACCCCUAAACAUAACCAUCCUGCCACAGAAACUGAAGGAGAUGGGCUAUGCCACACACAUGAUAGGGAAAUGGCACCUGGGCUUCUGUAGUUGGAACUGCACCCCGACGUACCGUGGCUUUGACAGCUUCUUCGGCUUCUACAACGACAAGGAAGACUACUACACUCACGUGGAUGCUAGCUAUCUGGACUACCGGAACAACACCAGUCCCGUGAAGACCGACAACGGAACUUACUCAACGUAUCGGUUUGCUGAUGAAGCCAUCAACAUCAUCGAUCGUCACGACAAGAGUCGGCCCCUGUUUCUGUACCUGCCGUUUCAAGCCGUGCACUACCCCAUACAGGUUCCCCAAAAGUAUGAAGCAAUGUAUCCGAACGUGAAGGUAGAAGGUCGUCGUAAAUAUUGUGGAAUGGUCUCAGCUCUUGACGACGCAAUUGGUAAUAUAACAAAGGCCUUGACAAGCAGCGGAUUAAUGAAAGACACACUGAUUCUGUUCACUGCCGUUAAUGGUGGCUGGGUCACCAAACAUGGCAACAACUUCCCCUUGCGAGGAGGCAAGGUGACCGUGUACGAAGGGGGAACGAGAGCAGCAGCGUUCAUGUAUGGAUCUGGUCUACAGAAACCUGGAACUGUUUAUGACGGGAUGAUCCAUGCCGUGGACUGGCUGCCCACCCUGACUGCCGCUGCCGGAGGGACCCCAGUGACAGACCGUGACGGCAUCAACCUGUGGCCGAGUCUCAGUACAUCCUCCCCUUCAUCCCGCAAUGAAUUCGUCUACAACUACGACUCACACCCCUCCCCUCUAGAAGGACACGCGGCCAUCAGGGUGGGUGACUACAAGCUGAUCGAUGGCUACCCGGGGUAUUACAACGGCUGGUACAAGUCGGACCAAGACACGUCUAACAUAAACAUUAAUGACAUAAGCUUUUGGACCACAAAGUAUCAGCUGUUCAACUUGAAAGAUGACCCCACCGAGCACCACGACCUCUCCACAUCCCAGCCGGACAUGGUGAAGAAGCUUGCUGCUAGAUUGGCCUGGUAUAAGAAGCAGGCAGUGUCUCCUAACUUCCCUGAGAUUCCCGACCCCAAGAGCAACCCUCUGUUGUACGGCAAUGUCUGGUCUCCUGGCUGGUGCUGAGAGCUUCAUUUUGUGCCGACAUUGAAUAAAGUUGUUUCUUGAAUUGCG